UUUGUAUAUUUUUCUUUAUAGGGAUAAAGUAGAGGAAGAGUGAGAAUGGAGCAUGGAGCUUCGUCGACUCUGCUGGACGAAGCCGUCGGAUCCCUCGCCGGCCGGCUUCUACUCCUCCAUGACUCAGUGGAGACUACUGCCGCCUUUCUCCUUCACCACUUCCUCAAGCGCUGUCUCUCUCCUCACUCUUUGAAUGCUGUUGUUUUCAUCUCCUUCGCUCACCCCUUCUCUCAUUAUGAUCGCAUCCUCAGAAAACUCGGUUGCAACUUAGCUGCUCAAAGGGACAAUAAUAGAUUCUUCUUUUUUGACAUGCUUAUGUGGGAAUGUCCAGAUGAAGCAGAAGAAGAAAAGAGGAGAAGUGCACUGGUAACUCUUUUUGGAAAAAUUCAGAAGGUUAUAAGUGCCUUACCUCAAGAAAGGAAGAGCUCUGUUACCAUUAUGAUAGAUGAUAUUUCUCUUAUGGAGGUGGCUGCAAGAGGAUCUAUGAAUCUUGUCAUAGACUUUCUACAUUACUGUCACACUUUAACAUCUGAACUUGGUUGUUCUUUAGUUGCACUGAACCAUGAAGAUAUCUAUUCGAGCACCGAGAGGCCAACACUUGUUUUACAAAUGGAGUAUCUGGCAGGAAUUCUGAUAAAAGCCGAGCCGUUGACCACUGGGUUGGCCAAAGAUGUGCAUGGACAGUUGAAAGUUCUGAACAGGGGUACGUAUGAUGGGGCUGAAUCAAAAGACAGAAUACAUAAUUUUCACUUCAAAGUGAAGGAAAAUUGUGUAGAGUUAUUCUUUCCGGGGAGCAGAACUUGAGGAAUACAUUUGGUUACAUACUGGAUAUGGUAACCAAAUAUAGUUAAUUACUUCUGGCAUAUUCGAGUAUUACAAGAAAUCCAAUAUAGUUCAUUAAAAUGGUGACUGGUGGAUAAUCCAAAAUAGAAAUCCAGAACUUGAAUUUAAUGUUUCAAAUCAUGUGCCGUGCUACUUGAAAAUGAUUUACUUUAGUAUGCAAACUUUGAUUUCAGAUGUUGGCCGACUCCAUUCAAUUAGCAUCUAAAUGGAUAAAUGAUGAUUUAUGAGGUUGGGCCAACUUGUUAAAGCUACUUGUUCGGCCCAGUUUGUAGUAGUUGCUCUAUCUUUAAGGUGACAUUCUGGAUUCCUUUCAAGUAACCAUUUUCAUGAGCUACAUUCAACACUGUAACUGCGCUUAAAAAUAUACAUUUUGACAAGUGCAA